AUGUCUUCACCUAUCGCACUCCGAUCCGCCCUAUCAAAUACCCCCGUGUCAUACGGAUUCUGGUUAACACUUCCCAGCACUGGCGUUGCAAGGACUAUCCUCCGCCGCAGCCCGCAGUAUACAGACGGCGGAUUCAGUUGGGUUCUGGUCGAUGCCGAGCAUGGAUUGAUUAGUGACCACCACUACUAUGAGCUGAACAACGCCAUUGGUCACGAGGGAGUCAGCCCUAUCGUCCGUGUUCCCUGGUCCGAAGAAUGGAUGAUCAAGCGCGCCCUCGAUGCUGGUGCCCACGGAAUCAUGACUCCGAUGUGUCACUCUGCAGAGGAUGCAGCCAAGGUUGUUAGCUACUGCAAGUACCCACCUGUCGGAAGCCGAGGUUUCGGACCUAUGUUUGCGCCACACGCAUUCCCUGGUGUCAAACCGGACGAGUACAACGAGAAGACACAUGGCGAAGUACUUGUGGUUGUGCAGAUUGAGUCACGACCCGGAGUGGAGAAUGUAGAGAAGAUCGCUGCUGUUGAAGGUCUCGAUGUGCUUUUCAUCGGACCCUUUGACCUCGCUAAACAGAUGCGUGUCACCCAUGGUGGUGAGGAGCAUGAAGCUGCUAUUGAACGCAUUCUGAACGCCGCGCAUUCGGCAGGAAAGAAGGCUGCCAUUUUCUGUUCCGGCGGUGCCGAUUCGCGUCGUCGCAUUCAACAAGGCUUCGAUAUGGUUUCCAUCACCACUGAUGUUGCUGUGUUCGGAGACGGUAUGCUGCAAGAACUGGAGGCUGCUAAGGGGAACUCCAAGUCUGAGCAGAAGAAGGGAGGCUACUAA